AUGUCCUUCAGUAAUUAUAACGAUUUCCAAAACAGACCAAACAACUACAUGCAAGGUGGUAGUGGUGGUGGUAGUGGUAGCGGAACUGGUGCUGAUUCUGAUGGCGGUCAUGGUAGUACAAAUAGCGCAGCAAAUCAGUCAACGCCACCAGGAAUAUUCGGUUCUUCGCCAAAUAGCUUUAUUGAUCAGGGAGGAAUGGCUUCCAACUAUCAGUUUGCCAACCCUUGGCAGCAACCAUUACCUUCGCAGAACCUGCAGCACUUAUCACAAAAGCUGCAAUCCAACUUGCAAGCACCACACCAGCAAAUACCACCACCGCAACAGCGUAGACCUUCUAGUUUGGAUUCCAUGAGUAUCUGGGGUCACAAUAUUGGUGGUGUCGGCAGCGUUAGCGGUAGCGUAGGAGCAAGUGGUGGAGCUGGCACUGGAGGCAAUAACUCCAUUUGGUCUACACAACAUAGAGGAAGCACUGGAUCAUCCAUUGGAGACUUUAUCCCUGCCAGUCAUCCACAGCAACAGCAGCAGCAGCAGCAGCAGCAGCAACAGCAACAGCAAGGAGGAUUUUUUGAACAAAGGAAGUCGUACGAUGAGUCUUCCCAAAUAUUUGACUUGAACUUCCGUAUGCAUAGUUAUGUUGAAGAUGUGCAAAACCAGCACUAUCCUCUGCAACAAGGUCAGCAACAAUACAGUAAUAUCUCUCCCAGAUUUCAGAAUGUAAUGCCCUUAGAAGCUCAACAACAUUCUCAGCAAUCUCAGUUGGAUAAGCUGUCACAGCUGCAGACCUUCCAAACUCAAUCACAGCCUGUCCCACUCACCGAGGCAAAUUUACAUUCAAUCCACGAGUACUUUUUAUCAGAUUCACAUGAAAGAGUUCGUGUUACAUUGAAACUCCUUCAAGAGCGGUUUGUCGAAGAACAAAAAUAUUUAAACGACACAUACCAGUUACCGAAUUUCCCAGUGGAGAAUUCAUUGAGGAAUUAUCAAUUGGUGUUAGUUGGAUUCAAGGCCGGGAGAAUUGACGUCUUUUAUCUCCCCAUGAAUCAGAACGAAUUCUGGAUCAAAGACUUGAAGAUCGGAGAUCUCGUAAUAGUUGAAGCAGAUAGGGGCAGGGACUUAGGAAAGAUUUUCAAAUUGAAUGUGUCAAUUGAUGAGGCUAGAUUAAUGAAGCUCUUACAAUUCCAGGAGCAACAAGCAGCGUUAUCAGAUUUAGAUUUGCGGAUAGAUUCAAUAUUGUCUAUUAGGAACUUUCAUCAACAUUCUAACCCACCAACUUUACAUUUUCCCAAGCCAAUUGUUGGACUUGCUCUGAAGAAAGAGAUAUCUCAAAUUUUGAACAAAAAGCAAGAUGAGGAAAAGGCUUGUAGGUUGUGCUUGGCCAAAAUUGCAAAUACAACUACUAUUGGACAAAAGGAUCUAUUGCAAAUGAAGUUAAUCGAUGCCGAGUACCAAUUUGAUAGAAAGAAGUUGAUUUUUUACUAUUCAACAUCGAAGAGAAUUGAUUUUAGAGAUUUGGUGAGAGAGUUGUUUAGGAUUUAUAAAACAAGAAUUUGGAUGUGUGCAGUUAUUGGUUUACCAUAUGUCCCAGGAGAAAUAAGCUCGCAGCAGCAUAAAGAAUUAUUUUAUCAAUCGAGCCAAGGACAGCCACAACAACAACAGCACCAACAACCAACAAAAUCGUUACCACAACAGAGUAGCUCGACUUAUAAGUAUGAUGGAGGAAAUAAUAUUGGAGUUUCUCAACCAUUCAACCAGUUUCAACAUUUUGAACCAAAUCUGUUAAAGGACCCAUUCAAAUACCAAGGGCAAUAUUUUCAACCACAAUCACCCUUUGUUAGGCGUUCAUCUAUUUUAUUUGACCGUAGGUUGAGUGACCCUUCAGAAACUGAGGAUGGAACCAACGUGAGCGAUGGUACGAUCAAUGUCACUAGAAAUGGAUCUAGCGGAAUUGUCCAUGGGGGCGAUAUUCCAAGAAAGUUCAAAGGAUAUGAGAGUAACCACGAAAUUGAAAGGAAUGCUGAAGAUGUGGAUGAUAUCUCGGGCACAGAGUCUUCAUUUGUAUUGCAAUCACUUGUAGAUUCAAUAGACCAUUAG